AUGGUAAAAGAAAAAGAAUAUUAUGAUAGACUAGGUGUUGAUCCUAGUUGUUCAAAUGAUGAUCUAAAGAAAGCCUACAGAAAAAUGGCUAUGAAGUACCAUCCAGAUAAAAAUCAAGGAAAUAAAGAGGCAGAGGAAAAAUUUAAAGAAAUUAGUGAAGCCUAUGAUAUAUUGAGUGAUCCAGAGAAGAGAAAGAUGUAUGAUAGCUAUGGUGCCCAAGGUCUUAAAGAGGGAGGGUUCUCACAACACUCUGCAGAGGAUAUCUUUUCUCAGUUUUUCAAUAUGGGUGGUUUCAGUGGUAUGGGUGAUGACGAAGCAGCUGAUUUCGGUGGUUUCGGUGGUUUUGGUAAUAUUUUUGGAGGAGGAAAGAGAAGUAGAGGUCCUCAACGUGGUGAAGAUAUUGUACAUGAGACCAACAGAACUCUUGAAGAACUCUUCAAUGGUAAAACUGUUAAGCUCUCUAUCAAUAGAGAUACAAUUUGUAAAACUUGCAAUGGAUCUGGAAGUAAUAAACCAGGUGUAACAUCAACAUGUCCAAAGUGUCAUGGAAAGAAAGUUAUUUUUGUAACACAACAAAGAGGUCCAAUGAUUACCCAAUCACAAGCCAAAUGUCCGGAAUGUAAUGGUACUGGUGAUAAGAUAGCAGAUGCCGACAGAUGUCCAACUUGUAAAGGAAAGAAAGUUACAGUCACCCAAAAGAUUGUCCAAAUCCAAGUUGAAAAGGGUAUGAGAGAUGGUCAGAAAAUCGCACUACCUGGUAUGGGUUCUGAAGCUCCUGGAUGUGAACCUGGAGAUGUUAUCAUUAUUGUUAGAGAGAGACCACACGCUCUCUUCCAAAGAAAAGGAAAUGAUUUGUACAUGAAAAAGAAGAUAAAACUUCUAGACUCUUUGGCUGGUACUUCUUUUACUUUCAAUGGAAUUAGCGGAAAGAGAAUUUGGGUGAAUCUAAAGAAAGGUGACACUAUCAAACCUGGAGAUAUCAGAGCAAUCGUUGGUGAAGGUAUGGUGGUGUAUAAGCACGAGAACCAAAGAGGUAACUUGAUUAUAGAGUUUGACGUUGAAUAUCCAACUCUCUCUGAUGAUAACAUUAAGAAGCUCGAAGAAAUUCUUCCAAAGACAUCGUUACCAACAUGCUCCAAGGCAGACUGUAAAGAAGUAUCGCUAAACAAGGUUAACUUACAAUCACAACAUCAAGCCAGUGGUGGAUAUGAUGAUGAUUUUGAUAGAGCUAGAGGUCAUCCAGGUGUUCAAGCUGCUAAUUGUCAACAACAAUAA